CACAUAUGCUCGCGACAGCAGCUGACGUCUGCAGAAAGUCUAUACCUGGGGAUUUCAUAUCCGCCGCCGAGAUAGAGCUGAGAGUCGAUGAUCCCCUCGGCGCCCCGGCACGCGAGUCUAGUUUACCGGUACACAAGCUACUCUUCUUUUCUUUAAAAAAGUCAGGAUUUGCCAAGAUGCCUUCCGUAUUAUCAACGCUACCAAAAGAAUAUGGAUAUGUUAUAGCAACUGGAACAAUUAGUUAUUUCAUGCUGCAGUACAUGGUCUUGAAAGUAGUUAUGGCAAGAAAAAAGUACAAAAUCAAAUACCCCAUCAUGUACAGUGAAGAUCAACCUGUAUUCAACUGUGUGCAAAGAGUACACGCAAAUACAUUGGAAAGUUAUCCAUCAUUCUUAUUCUUUCUUCUGACUAGUGGUCUUCGUUACCCACGAGCUGCUACCGGCUGCGGAAUGCUAUGGAUUCUUAGCCGUUUCCUGUAUUCAAUUGGAUACUCUACUGGAAAUCCAGAGAAACGUCACUAUGGAGCCUUUGGAUUCUUUCCAUUCGCUGGUCUUGUGGGCAUGACAAUUAAGAUGACAGGAGGACAUCUUGGCUGGUGGUCCUGUUGUUAGAAUCACCAUGUGGUUGAUUAUGUAUUUAGAUGGUUGAUGGUGUAUUUAGAUGUAUGACGGUCAAUUUGAAUGGCUGAUGGGUCAUUCUGACUGGAUAUGAAUUCAUUGAAUGAAUGGUAGUAUUAGUGCAAAUAGAUUACUAGGCACUUUGAUUGCUAUUGGAAUCUAUUAAUGUCUAUGUGGCCAUUUUGUUGGCAUUCAGUCCAGCUAAGUGGUUUGAAAUUCACCGUAUAUAGAGACUCAGAAAGAGGGGCAAAUAAUCAUUAAUGCUUUGGCGUUAAGAUUAAGGUAAAUCAAGGUACAGGUAAAUCAAUUCAUCUAUAUAGUUCUAGGUAGUUCUCAGGACAUCUAAUUGGUUCCUAGUCCAUCUCAGUGGUUCCCAGAGUCAAUUUAAAUAAUUCCCAGUUCAAUCAAAGUAGUUCCCAGUCCAUCUUGCUGGUUUCCAGUCACUCUGCUGGUUCCCAGUCCAUCUUAUUAGUUAUCAGUCCAUCCUGUUGGUUCCCAGUCUAUUCAUUGAUCCAUUCAGAUAACCAGUGGUAUAUGUUAUAUAGCUGGCAGCCCUUUUGUUCAUAUAAAAAUGAUGUCCAUCUAAAUACGCUUCAGAUCAUUUGGAUAUGCUAGUCGACCAUUACAAGCAGGGAUAGAUAAGGAUUGAAUUUAAUUUUCAUAUAAUUAUUACAACUAUAAGCAGAUUGCAUGGUUCUAUGUUUGUAUUUGAAUUUGUUCUAUGAACUCAAAGUAAACAGAAAUAUUUGUAAUUUUAGAAUAGGCAUUGUCCAAAAAUUUUGAUGAAUCAUCAAUCAUGUGAUAGAUGAUUACAUAAAGCUCUGUCUUCAUUAUCAAGUUUAAUGUAAGAAAUGUGUGUGAAUUGCCCAUAUAUGGGCAUGAUGAUGUCAUAUCACAUCCAUAUAUGGGCAUUAUGAUGUCAUAUCCAUAUAUGGGAAUGAUGAUGUCAUGUCAUAUCCAUAUAUGGCAUGGUGAUGUCAUAUCACAUCCAUAUAUGGCCAUGAUGAUGUCAUAUUGUAUCCAUAUAUGGGUAUGAUGUCAUCACAUCAAUAUACUGUAUGGCCAUGAUGUUAUAUCGCAUCCAUAUAUAGCCAUGAUGAUGUCAUAUCACAUUCAUAUAAAGCCAUGAUGAUGUAAUAUCCCAUCUAUAUAUGGGCAUGAUGUCAUAUAUCCAUUCAUGGGAAUCAAAUCACUAGCAUUUGUUACAUCACAUCUGACAGUAAGGAUAGAUCUACAGUAUUAACAAUUAAUUUUAUAGAUUUGUGCAAAUUUCUUCCAAAAUGUUUAAAUUCUCCACUCCUAUAGGUAAAGUUCUGUCCACUCUAUCAAAUAUCUGUGAUUUCUCCACGAAUGAAAUAUUAUAAUUUAAUAUCAUUUAACAUCAGGUUAUCAGUACUGCUGGUUAUUAAUUAUCUUCUCAUAUGAAUUUAUACUUUGCAAAAAACCAGGAGAUAGUGUGAUCAAUAUUUUGGUUUUAGAUUUACAGUAAAUGUUAUAUCAGUUGCUAUGGAGAAGGAAUUACACAUUAAUUCUAGUAGUCUUAAUUAUAUCUAUAUAUUUGUUUUCAUAAGAUUAAGUAAAUUGAAAUAUUUGUUUAUUAGUUGGUAAAACAUUUUGUGUUAAUUUUUAAUUGGUAGUGAUUGCAAAUAGAUUAUUGCCCUGUAAUUAUAUUGUAUAUAGAUUAAGAUUCAUGAAUGCAGAUUUCUGUGUCAAUAAAGUAAAGCAAUACAGA